UAGAUUUGAGUGGAAGAUUUUGAAGUAUUUUUUCAGUAGUUUUUGUGAUGUAAGAAGAUGAAAUCAUUGAGCAGUGUAGGGCUUGGUUUGAGCUUAGUUUUUGUUCUUCUGUUCUUAGCAUUGAUUGCGGAGUUGUAUUACAUGUUUUGCUGGAAGAAAUCCGCUUUGAAUCCACAGGAAAUCCAACAGCAACCAUCUCAUCAGGUUCAUCAUCUGCAAUCAAACAAAGAUGUGUUCUUCGAGCCCUAUGACGAUGAUGAUGAUGAUGAUGGCGAUGGGUCACCAAGGUUAUUGUUCACCAUCGUUGAAGAAACAAAGGAGGAUUUGGAGUCUGAGGAAGCUAAAUCAAAGAGAGGGAGGAGCUUGAGUGAUGUGGUGUUCAGUGUUGAAACCCCAUAUUUGACCCCAUUGGCUUCGCCUCCACUUACACAACUAGAGGCUGCUUCUUGUUACAAACACCAUAGAUCAUUCAACCCUUUGUUUGAAUCUUCAAAUGGUAGGGAUUUCAACAUGUCUUCAUCACCUCCUCCAAAGUUCAAGUUAUUGCAAGAGGCUGAGGAGAAGCUCUAAAAUGGUCUUACAUUAAUUGAAGGAGUUGAUGACAAUGGUGAAGAAGAUGGAUCAUUUGUCACAAUUAUCGCAGAUAAGAACAAAAAAACAGGGUU